GAUUUGAUCAUUUUGGCUGUCGUGAUUAAAAUCGCGCCACAGUGAGGACCUCAGCGGACGUCGGCGAGCGCAGCGUGCGCCCGCCAGUGAGAGGGAUGGGGCAGCGAGCGGGCGGGUGGAGGGGAGCGGGUGAGGCGGCGCAACACUUCCCUCCUCCUUCAACGGCACCACAGCGUGCUCGGAACCAGAGGUGGACCGUGUUUUCCCUGACAACACCGAAGACACAUCCACAGUAAAGAGCGGAGACUUUCAUAAAGGAGUAUUUUGUGAGGACGCCGGAGGCAUCAAAGUCUUUAUUAUAAACGAGGAUUUGAGGAUUAAUAAUCCGACAUCAGACGCGGGAUGUGAAUCCAAAUAACUUCUGCUAAUUGGAGAUUUUCUUCCUGAAAAUGUGAACGGAUCUAAGCCUCGUGAUUAGAAUUUUAGAUUGGAGUUCUUUUGGCACUGGUUCAGGAGCCAGUCCAUCUCCAGCUUCUCCCUGGAGUUGUCAUGUUUGCGCACUAACGGGAGGCUUCGAAUUCGAUAAAUAACUGUCCCGAAUGAGGAGUAUUCCACUUCUUCGCCGGAGAUUUUGCGUUGCUGAGUAUCCCAGCGUCCGCGGACUGCAGUGCUGACAAAAACAGAUCCCCGGCUCUCCAAAGAAAGGUGUGAAGUGACAUUCCCGAGGCGGAAAAAAAAAGUCCAAAAGUAAAAGUUCAAGGCUGGAAUACGCUAUAGAUGAUCCUCAGAGGACUGAGCACCAAGUACACUUAGGGAUUCAAAAUGUUCAGAAGGGGCUGUGGACUGGAGUUCCUGCUGGUUCUCUGCGGGCUGGAGUUUUCCUGGUCCUGCCCCCGUCACUGUAUCUGCUACACUGCACCAAGCACCGUCUCUUGCCAAGCUCACAACUUCCUGUCGGUCCCCGAAGGCAUCCCGCCCGACAGCGAGCGCAUCUUCUUACAGAACAAUAAGAUCCACCGGUUACUCAGAGGUCACUUCAGCACCAACACAGUGACUAUUUGGAUUUACUCCAACAACAUCUCGUACAUCGAGCCAUCGACCUUCCAGGGCUUCUCGCUGCUGGAGGAGCUGGAUCUGGGAGACAACAGACACCUGCGAUCGCUGGCUGAAAACACCUUUCACGGGCUCAGCAGGCUCAACGCGCUGCACCUGUACAGAUGUGGACUCAGUUCUCUUCCCAACAACAUCUUCCAGGGGUUAAGGAACCUGCAGUAUCUCUACCUGCAGGACAAUCAUCUAAAGUUCCUGCAAGACGACACGUUUGGGGAUCUCCACAACCUGAGUCACCUUUUCCUCCACGGAAAUCGUCUCUGGAGACUCAACCAAAACACCUUCAGAGGUCUCCGUGCCCUGGAUCGUCUCCUUCUGCACCAAAACCAGAUUGAGUGGGUCCAUCGCAUGGCCUUCCAUGACCUGAAACGUCUCACGACCCUGUACUUGUUCAACAACUCCCUGAUACAACUCUCUGGCCAGUGCCUGGAUACUCUGCCGGCCCUGGAAUAUCUGCGCCUCAAUGACAAUCCCUGGUCAUGUGACUGCGAGGCCCUCACGCUAUGGGAAUGGUUGAAACGUUUCAGAGGUUCCACGUCUUCAGUGGGCUGUCAAGCGCCUGCUGAUAUGGUCGGGAAAGACCUAAAGGAGCUACGCAAAGAGGACUUUCCCGACUGUUCGCCUGCGAUUAUCAAUUCUGAGUCCAGAGCCCAAACCAACAACUUGUCCGGGACGGUGAAUCCUUCCAUGAAUCGGGGUGUUGUUGGCUCGGGUGGCCAGACCAACGUCUUGCAACCGUCUAGACCGAGCCGUCCACGGAACUGCACCAAGCCUCGGAACCGCUCGAGCAAGGGAAAGGGUGACAAUGAGGUCCACAACUCGAAGGAGAUCCUGGCAGACAAGGAUGAUUCCUCGCCUGAUUUCUCAGAUGGUGGGAAACAUGACCACACGUCCCCUGACGGAACCCUCACCCGGCGGAAGCACAAGUGUAUUCCCCGGACCACUGUUCGGCCCCCUAGCGGGGUUCAGCAAGCCAAUAACAGGGCGUCCCGCUCGUUACGAUAUGGACACGCCCUCUUGGCAGCCUUGAUAACAACUUUUGACUUCAUUCUCCGCUGACAUCCAGAGGAAAAGCUAAUCACAACAACAACAAAAAAAACACAAACCCUCUUUCGCUCCUGCACAACAAGGCCGACGUGUCUUUUAUGUGUGUGUGUGUGCGUGUGUGUGUGGUUAUACGUGCAAAUGUAAAGCAGGGAGCUUAACUACCCAAUAAAAACAAGCAUCAAACAUCCGGUAAGGAGAGCGUUCACCGUCAGAAAUUGAAGUUAGCGUGCACUGCCACUACAGCCUGGAAGGGUUUCAUGUGUAUAUAUAUAUUUGCGUCAUGGGUCAGGAGCACAAACAACCAAAAUUUGCUGGGAAAAAUAUAACAGAGCACAAUUAGAAAAUACUUGUCAAGUCUUCAUCCAGUUUUCAUUUCAACGGCUAUAGACUGUGGACAGCCUGUUUUUUUUAAUUAUUAUUAUUAUUUUGCCGCACUUCUUUUGUUGCAUUGUUUUGCGGUGUAACGAAGUCGUCUGUAAAAGAGUUAUCAGUCAUCGUCCAUUGUUACAGAAGAGGAAAUCAAAAGCCAGAGAUGUUAAAUGGCCAUAAACGGAGCAACCAGACAGCUAGCUACAUGCUAACAAUGUUGGCAAAGUUUUUUUUUUUAGAAUCUCACUCCUUUUUCUAAUCAAUUUACAGAAGCAAAACAGUGAAAUGUGCUUUCAUUCCUCAGCAAAACAAUGUGCGUCUAUGAGAGACAAAGCUGUGAAUAUUGGGAAGUCUGUCUCGAUCUCGUGUCAGAUGUCGGUCCUUUCAGCUUUUUUUUCUUUUUUUUUUGUUUGAAGACACAAAACGGACCUAUAGACGGAUCCCUGCGGCGGGGUCUCCAGGAGCCUUAGAGGAGUCGAACAUGGCUUCCUCAGCUUCUCAGUGACGUAACUGAACUUUCGUAAGCAAAAACAAUAUCACACUGAGAAUAUGAGGAAUAUAUUUUUUUCGUGAUUAUGUCAAGUCAAGUUGGAUACCGGAGCGACACUGGCGUGUGCGAAGAUGAUUCAGCAGAACAGUCAGCGAUGGAAAACGGAGCGCGUGGUUGGAGUAGAAUCACGCUGAGAAGAUCACUAUGAAGCCUCUUUAUGGACCAACUCAGUCCACCAAAUAUCGGAGUCAAAAGUGCGCUGGGGAUUUGAACAAAACAAAUGACCUGACAGGACAUCUCGCUGUACUCAUGGAGCUUUUGUGCCUCCUGUAACUCAACUGAUAAGACGGUGUUUGUUUCAAUGAUGUGAACUGUAACUAUGGCGACAAGAGGACCUCUUGCAGUGCUGAUAUUAAUCAUUUACUGUACUACUACGAGAAAAAAGAAACAGUGACAUCAAUGAUGAUUACAGGGUUCUUUUCCUUCUCCUGUCUGGAGAAAGUCUUGUUUUGUUUUUUCUGUCAUCUUCAAUUUGUUUCCAUUUUUUAUCACGUCGUAAGAUCGCAUUAUUGGUCACCACUUUAUUUACUGUUCAAUUGUACUCAUCUUAUUUUUUUUUUACCAGUUGUUCAGCAAGUUAUCAUCUGUGAACAACAGUACAGAAAUGUUUAUAAAGAUAUUAAAAUCUAUAUC